AGGCCGGCGUCUGAGUGUUGCGAGGCAGCUCUAUCCGCGGCCGGAGCCCAGCAGCUGGGCUCGAACCUACGACCUUGGAAGGGUCGCGGCACAGGGGGCGCGUCUCCAGCCGCCAUGGCCGCCGCCGUGGGCUUGCGGGCCUUCGGCACAAAGCUGCCCGACUGGCUCCGGCACGGCCCCUGGGCUCCGCUCGCCGCCGGCUUCUGCAGCCGAGGGCUGACCGGGGCCGCGCAGCCGCAGCCGGGGCCGCGACCCACCAGCGCGCGGCAGCGGGACGGCAUCAGGAACAUUGUCUUGAGCAAUCCAAAGAAGAGAAACGCGCUCUCAUUGGAGAUGCUGAAAUCUCUCCAAAGUGACAUUCUUCAUGAAGCUGAAAGCCAAGACCUGAAAGUCAUUGUCAUUUCAGCUGAGGGGCCUGUAUUUUCUUCCGGACAUGAUUUAAAGGAACUGACAGAUGAGCAAGGUCCGGAAUAUCAUUCUGAAGUGUUUCAAACCUGUUCUGAGGUCAUGAUGCUGAUCCAGAAUCACCCUGUCCCCGUGAUUGCCAUGGUGAACGGCUUGGCCACUGCUGCUGGGUGUCAGCUUGUCGCCAGCUGUGACAUUGCUGUGGCCAGUGACAAAUCCUCGUUUGCCACUCCGGGUGUCAACAUCGGGCUCUUCUGCUCCACCCCUGGGGUGGCCUUGGGGAGAGCAGUGCCAAGAAAGGUUGCCUUAGAAAUGCUUUUCACUGGGGAGCCCAUUUCUGCCCAGGAGGCCUUGCUCCAUGGGCUGCUCAGCAGAGUGGUGCCGGAACAGCAGCUGGAGGAAGAGACCAUGAGAAUCGCGAGGAAGAUUGCCUCCUUGAGCCGCCCUGUGGUGUCUCUGGGCAAGGCCGCCUUCUACAAGCAAGUGUGCCAGGACCUGAGGACAGCCUACCACCUCGCCUCCCAGGCCAUGGUGAACAAUGUGGCCCUGCGGGAUGGGCAGGAGGGAAUCCAGGCCUUCAUCCAGAAGAGGAAACCCGUCUGGUCGCACUGAGCUGGCCAUUAGGGGGAAGGAGGGCAAGUGAGCCCAGUGAGCUGUGCCCAGAUGCCCCGCCCAUCUGAUCCAACCACCGCUGCUGCUUCACUGACCUGAACAGACAGACUGACACCAGUCCAGGUGGCCCUGCUUGGGACCUGUAUCACAAGCAUGGUUCCACGGGGAGAGGAUGAAAUGGAGUCAAAGGAAACACUAAUGUAGGGGGAUGGGCACCUCUGCUGGACCAGCUACCAUAGUAAGCCUGGGAUUUGGUACAUUUCUUCAUGGGACCUUAAGUGAGGGAUCACCCUGACAUGAUAAAAUGAGGUGUCAGCCUGCCUCUGUUAUCGCCAAUGUCCCCUCCGGUGGAGGUAGUUCCUUGCCCCGGACGUGCGGACCGUUUCCAGUCUCCAAGAGGCAGUCUGCACACUGAACGUCUUCUUGGUUCUGUUGAGAAGUAAUCAUGCCUAUGGCUUUGGAAUGAUCUUAUGUGACUUUAAAAGAGUAAGUAUCCAAAAAGACUGGUCAUUUUAUUUUCUUAACCAGACUGUAAGCUGUCCGAGGGGG